AUCCCUUUGCUACUCGAAGAGCCGUCCCUCCGCUCCCCUCGCGUUCCGCGUUGUUCGAGAUUUAUUGCGCUCAUCUUUCGACGUGAAACAACUAAAUCCAGCCGAAAACUGUGCGUUGUGUUUUCAAUUCGGGAACUUCGGUGACGAGUGUUACAACGUUUGCCUCGAGUUUUUAAGAGGCACCUUGUAACGUGAUCGUACAAUAGUGCGUCAAAUCAGACUUCGUGUUUUCAGAGAAUGAGAAAAUCUUCGUACGUGAUGGAGGACAAAUGGAGCUACGUUCAUACUUCAAGGCGGAUAAAUGUAUGCUGAAGUCGAAUAUCGGCAAGGAAUAUAUAUAUAAAUAUAAUAAUGACUUCAGUUGGAACAGUAGGUUUGAUGAUCGUAUUGAGCCUACCCAGAGGAAGUGUUCCAUCCUGGUUUAUUUUGUGAAAUUACUAGACACCGGCAAUUGGACGAUAACAGAUUACUACAACCAGUCUGUUUCUCAAACAUUCACAGUGUAUAUAGAACAGGAGGUGCAGGUGAUACCGAACACCCCCAUAAUCGUCGUUGAGGGCAACUUUGUCUAUGUGGAACUCGACGCUGAUCUCGAGAAUCUUACCAGCUGUUAGGCCAUCGCACGAAACGUACGUGAUCUUCGUUCGUGUCUUGAGGAAGAGAACCAUCUGAAUCUUAUAACUUGGCUGAUCUUGCUUUCGUGUCUGCAUGGAAACAUGAUCAAAAUUUCAGAACACGCGAAUUGAUUUGCUGACGGUGGACAGAGA